UUAAGCACUUGAAAACAGGAAAACAGGAAGACAGGUGUAUCUACCUAUCUGAAUCUAAUUUUUUUAAAGACAAAUGCAGUCUAAAAAGAUCUUAAAUGUCACUGUGGAAUGAAUAGUCUUAACAUAUAAACCUGUGAAUGUGAAACGCGUCAGGCGUCAGGAAGUGGGCGUUAGUAGUGGCUAUGAUGAAGCGGCGCCGACACCUUCCGGGGCAGACCUGUGAUACUAAGUUUGUCGUACUACAUUCUAUCUGUGAGGUGUUAUUUACCAACAGUAGGUUAAAUUCGUAGUUUUUUAAUAUAAAUUUACAUAUCCAAGGGUCAUCUAUCUGGCUUUUAUGUUAUUGUUGAUAUUAAGGUUUGAGAUGGACGUGUUCAUUGGUUUGCUGUAACAUUUAAUUUUCAUAAAGAAAUACCAGACCCGCAUCAGGCACUCACUAAUAAACAAUAAUUCAUAUGUAAUUAUGUUGAAACGAAAUUAAAAAGUUUUGUUUACAAAUUAAUAACUGGAAAAGAAAACACCUCGUAUUAAAUUACUAAUCCGAAUUUCAUUAAUAAAGCAAUGGAAGAUUAUUCCAUCAUCUCGUAAACUUACGCAGACAUUGAUAGCAAUUAGACAAACACCAACACCGAAUGGUUUUCAUGAUAUUUUUAAACUUUGCUGUGUAAAAAACUCAUCUUAGUUCCAGAAGUGAUGUCAGAAUUUUAAUUCUGUUAAAAAAAACACCACCAAAAUCCCAUAACAUCACUUUAUAGUUAACUAGACGUUUUUAUUCACAUCUGAUAUUUGAGUGAAAAAUCUUUACCGAGUAUCUAAAAAAAUGCCAUUAAAGUUUAAAUGAACAUAAUUAUUAACAAUUUUAUCGCAACAGCUUCGAUAAAUUCAUCCAAUCUUAUCCUUGAUAAUGACAACUGAGUAAUUAUAGCAUUCAGAAGUUAGAGUUCCAACAAGACAUACGGGUACAAUGACGCGUUUUCUUAGUUUUAUGGUAUUAAUAACGUGGGCCACAAUGGCCAGGAGUGAAUGCAUACAAUUUACAUUCGAAAGUGGUAUCGGCUUAUACGGAAAUGAUAGUGCUAUGUGUAGUCCAUUCCCGAUUUGGAAUUUGGGGACGUAUUCCUCUAUAGAAGUGGAAACGCCUCAUGUCAAAAGCACCCAUUUCGUGGAGCCUAACGAUAGGACCAGCUGUUUCACAUCGCCCAAAAUACAAAUGGAAAAUGGUGGACGUUUAGAAAUUAAUGUCUUUGUGGAUUCAGUAGUUGGACGGGACAUAAGUUUGUCGGUCGUGGUCUCCGAAAAUGUUCCAAAUGGUGUAGAUUCAAUUGUUGCUGUUUCAAAUCUGCCUCAAUCAACCACUCCAGGCUGGCACGUCUUGAGUGCAAACAUUGUAGGGAGUGUGGCUUUCGAAGGAUACGUUAACUUCAUCGGUCACAGAUCAACGGGGUCCCAUAUUUUGAUCGAUGCCAUCCGUUACAUCCCUCCACAUGUUGAUGUAAACGACUGUGUUUUGUAUGAAGACGACGAGACAACCCCACAGCCAGAAGCGACGACACCUGAAGCAAAUGACGUUGAAGAAUGCAUCACGUUUAACUUCGAAGAAAACACGGAGAAACUCUUCGAUGAUAACAAUUAUUUGUGCGACGGCUUCGUUCCUUGGAAUAUUGGGAACUAUGCGAACAUCAGAAUAGAGAGUCAGAACGUGGGAAGUGAAAAAUUCUUGACUCCAAAUCAGCAGUCCAGUUGCACGGCUUCUUUCGCGUUCCCAAUGACCCCCGGCGGCGUAAUAGAAGCCAAUGUAUAUGUAGAUCACACGUCCAAUUUAGAUCAUGUUAUAAUUUUGGUCAAGAACCUAGUUUCCAACGGAGUAGAUACUGUUGCAGGAUUCCAGAUUUUUGAACCGUCUCGUGCUUCUUUCGUGACAGGGUGGAGCGUAAUUCGCAUUCCCAUCGCUAACUUAAUCCCUUUCAAUGGAUAUUUGGUGUUCCUCGGAGCAGCGGCUGAAGGUUCGAAAGUUCUAGUUGAUUCGUUCAGAUACAUUCCGCCCGGCACUCCUGCGGACCACGAAUCAUGCGCUAUAUACUAAAACACAUACGAAUUCAAGCCUUAACGCAACCCCUUCAAUUAAUUUCUAAUUAAAUUGUUAUGAAUAAUCUUUAAAAAAAAAGCAAAAAAAAAAAAACGCAUUUCAAAAAUCUCCACUGCUAUUUUAUUUGUUACUUCAAAAACAAAAAUGACAAAUUUAUUAUUUUUAAUUUAUUGAAUUUAUUUUUGUAGCCUGUUUCUUUUCAAAGGAAAUUAUUAAGACAAAAACAAGAACAAAAAACAGAAUCGCAAUUAAGCGUUCUCAUAUAUUUGUAAAUUUAAAGAAGUCAACUGAUAAAUGUGUAUUAACGAAAA